AUGCUUUCAAACAAGCAGAGUGAACAUGAAGUAAAAGAUUGGUAUAUGUCUGCUUUAGGUACAUUUUUAUCGUCAUCCAUGAAAGAACGAUUAUGGCAAUUGGAACCAGCAGAAUGGUCUGCAUUUUUACAACCUUAUGGAGCAAAUAAUCAUGUUGAAUUAAUGGGAAAAUUUUUGGCCAUAUUUAUUCUAAUUGAUGAUGAAAUCGUUGAAGGAAAAGCCUCACAACAACAAAGUAUAGCGUUACAGCAACUGUUGAUAUUUGGUGAAAUAUGGAAAUUGGCAUUUCAACGACGAAAUGGCCAUCAAACAGCAAGCAAGAGUUUAGCAACGAAAAUUCAUGAAAUUGCAUUAAAAACGAAUAUUGCUUUGUUAGAACCAUGUUUCAAUGCGUGGUCUGCUAUCGCCGAUAGUUAUGUGAGAUUAGGUGCAGACGAAGCCUGGUGUAAUAGGAUGUGUAAUGCAAUACAAGAAUGGAUUGAAUUAGGAAUUAGAGAAGUAGUAGGAAAGCAACGUAUUAAACAAUCAUCGUCAUUAUUAGAUUUACUAACAAAUAUUCCUGUUACUCUCACUUCAUAUGACCAUCCGUCUCCUCACCAGGCAGUAAUGGGAAAAACAGCGACUGUUAACAUGGGUGGCUUGUCUCUAUUGGAAAUUCUCAUACGACAAAGAAUAGCCACAAUUGGUGUACCGAUGAUGUCACUAUUGUUAGAGCAAUCAUGUGGUCUCAAUUUAUCCUCUAUCGAUUCUUUAUUACGUCCUUCGAUCGAUGUAGUAGCAAUCACGUCUUCAUUGGUCAAUGACCUGAUUGGGAUGGCAAGAGAUUUAAGAGGUGAACCGAAUUUUGUAUUGGUUUAUCGUCAAAUAUUUAAUUGUUCAUUGCAACAAAGUAUUCGUUUUGCUCUUGCAUUACACGAUUUGACUAUAAAAAAAUUUGAUCAAAAUGUUCAAGACAUACUCCAAUCAUUGCCAUCUCCUUCUUUACAGCAUCACGUUGCGAUUUACAUGGAGCGUUUACGUAUGUUAGUUCGUGGUUAUGCUCAUUGGCAUCAUCAUUCAGAUCGGUACAAAAAUCUUAUUGCAUUAGAUGAAACACAUAAACAAAUAUUAAUAUUUUCUGUUGCCGAUGGUCAAAAUCAACGUUACAAUGCGUUACAGGAUGCAUUGAAACAAUAUGAAUCGCAUACGAUGAUAAACGAAGCUCUUUAA